AUGCUACCAAAAACCUCUGGCAGAGGCGCAUGGAAGGAAAUACAAACUGGCUUCCUCAGCGCUGUUGCAGGGAGUACCGUCCUCCUACAAAUCCUUUUCCUGGCGAACAUGUGCUACUUGUACGCAACGCAGUUCCAAGACUCCACUCGUGUUCACAACUUGAAAAUGCUAUUUGUCGAUUACGAUGGCGGGGUUGUCGGUCAAGCUGUGACAGAUGCUUACCAGGCAAUGAAGGGCAACGAGUUCCCAACUUUGUAUACGAAGCCCACAGGUCAAUAUUCCACACCCGAUGAUGUCCGGGGGGCUGUAUGCAGUGGAGAUUACUGGGGUGCUAUCUAUACCACUAAGAACGCAUCGUCUAGCCUCGACGCCACCUUCACAAAUGGCACUGCCUCCUUGAAUACCGCCUUAACCUAUGUAUGGAAUGGGGCGCGAUAUCCUGCUUUUUCUCAAAGCGAGAUAUAUUCAAAUUUAUUGGUUUUGGUUCAGGCAUCUCGCUCAACCUAUUACGCUAGCAGCGCCUCAAAAGUGCUCGACUCUGCCAAUCUUUCCAAUCCUAUCAUACGCGAAACCUUCCUCGACCCCAUUCAAGCCUCCGAGAUCAACAUCAAAGAAACCACCCAGGGCACAAUAGUUCUUUACAAUACAGUCUCAAUUGUUAUGCCAAUCAUUCAGCAGUUUUUCUUUAUGAUGGCUCUUAAUGGAAUUUCCUCUCAAUUCCACAUUUGUACAAAACUGGGAUACGCCGCAAAUGGGCUCGUUCGCAUGGUUACGUCCCUCGUCUAUACCUUCAUCUCAUCACUAUGUAUGGCGGGAUACAUUUGGGGAUUCAAGGAGUCAUGGGAUGUGAAUGGUAAUCAGUUCGCUCUUACCUGGAUGGUAGUCUGGCUUUUCAUGCACAUCAACUUCAUGGUCGUCGACAUCCUCACUGCUUUCAUUCCGAUGCAAUUUUUGCCCUUCUGCAUCAUUACCUGGGUCAUCCUUAAUGUUGGUAGCUCUAUCAGCCCAUUUGAACUGAAUCCUGGAUUUUUCCGAUGGGGCUAUGCACUUCCUGCUCAUGAGGUGUACCAAUUGCUUGUUCAAAUCUGGAGUGAUGGAUGUCAGGACCAGUCCUACCGGGCACUUCCAAUUAUGUUUAGUUGGUGGAUUGUUGGACUUGCCGUCGUUAUUUACGCCACAUACCACCGGUGCCAGACAGCGUUGAUGGCAGAAACCGAAACGGACGUCGUCAAGAGCUCAAAUGCAGAAUUGAGACCGUCAUCCAGUACUGCUGAUAUUGUGGAGCGCGAGAGGCGUGAGAGGCGCAGUACGAUGGAGUCUAUUCAACUCGAGCGGAUAGCCUAUGGACCCAGUUUUCCUACGCCAGGUGUCCAUGGCCAUGUAUAA